UGAGUUCAUACUUACAUAAAACCACUGACCCAGUGAAGCACACCAUCCCAGAGAGACUGAUAACACGUAAAUAUGUCCUCCGACAAGGAGUACGAAUUUCGUGAAGAAAACACAGACAAAUACCAAGACAGCGAAAAGGGCAAAUUUGUUGAAACAACGCUGUCUACAUCCCUGACUAACGUCAACAAUAACGUCAUCCAUGACAUCAACAAUGACGUCAUCAAUGACGUCAACGACGACGAAGACUAUAGAGAAUAUUAUCUAGAAUGCGGAGGAGUGAUACGUCGGAGCAGGGUGUCCCUAUGGGCUGGGAUAGUAAGGAACAAAACGCUGCUGAAAGCUAUACUAUAUGCGGUAUUAUUGACGGCAUACCUCGUCUAUUUCGGCUUCAGCAUGUACCAUUCCUUCGGCGACGAAGGAUCAGUGAGGUUGCUGUUAGCAUCAAUAUUCGUUCUUCUCGUCAUCGUUAAGGUGAACUUCUGGACACGGAUACGUGAGUGUCUCAAUGUGGUCCCCUCGAAACAACGCAAGGGCCUUCAGGCGUACCCUCGCUUGGCACGAGGAAUAAGAUGGUCACUGUAUGUUGCCAUGGUGAUAUUUGUAGUCACCUACUUGGGGAUAAAUGCCGCCAAUUCCGGUUCACACAACCUAAUUCCCCUCGGCGGUCUCACCUUCUUCAUCAUUGUCGGCUUCUUGAUGUCCAAACAUCCAGAUAGAGUAAACUGGCAUGCUGUAUUCUGGGGUAUUGGAACGCAGUUCCUCUGUGCUCUCUUGAUCCUAAGAACCACCGCAGGCUACAACCUAUUCUUUUGGCUUGGAGAAAGAGUUGAAGAAUUUCUGAAACAUACGGACAAGGGGUCUGUGUUUGUGUUUGGUCAAUCCUACAGAGACCAUAAGUUUGUGUUUGCCGUUAUGCCGCUGGUGAUCACAAUGAGCGCCACAGUGAAUGUGUUGUACCACUACGGGAUUCUCCAGGCGUUUGUAGCCAACUUUGGAUGGUUCCUGACCUUCUGUCUUGGCACAAGUCCUAUAGCAUCCGUGAACGCUGCACUUAACAUGUUCCUUGGUCCCGCAGAGGCUCCCAUAUCUGUGAAGCCGUACCUCAACCUCGUUACACCGUCCGAGAUGCACGCCAUCAUGGCGGCGGGGUUUGCUAGUAUAUCUGGAAGUGUGUUUGGGAUGCUUACAAGCUUUGGGGCUCCGGCAAAUCACCUUCUUGCUGCCUCCAUCAUGUCUGCUCCUGCUGCUCUGGCCAUAGCCAAACUCAUGGUACCUGAGACGCGCUGGACCAAGAUUAAGCCCAAGGAUGCCUACACUAUCAAGACAAGCAAGUUCCGGAACGUGCUGGAGGCUUUAUCAGUGGGAGCAGUUGAUGGCAUCAAGCUUGUCGCCACCAUCGUGGUCAACCAGAUCGUCUUCAUCGCCGUCAUACAGUUCAUUGACACGGCCUUGAUGUGGCUCGGAGAUAGGGCCGGUUUCCAUGGCGUCUCAUUUACGCUGAUUUGUUCCUACCUCUUCUACCCACUCACCUACCUCAUGGGGUUCUCGAGUUCGGAUCUCUUCAAGAUGGGCGAACUGCUGGGAAUCAAGAUAUUCGCAAAUUCAUUUGUGGGAUUUCGUGAGUUUGGUAAACUGGUGCUGAACCGUGUCGAUCUGGAGGAAUACGUGACAGCAACAAACGGAAGCUGGCAUUGGGAGGGAGGCAACGUCAUCCUGGAUUCGACCAACAGAACCCUGAUUGGAGGAAUACUCACAAGGCGGUCUGAGGUUAUAGGCACGUAUGCCAUGUGUGGUCUGAACCAUCUGGGUGCUGUGGGCGUCACUAUGGGCGUCCUCACUGCCCUGGCACCCAGCAGGAAGGAUGUCAUCAGCAAGUAUGUCGUCAGAGCUAACAUCACUGGACAGAUAGCCUGCUUCAUGACGGCGUGCAUUGCAGGAAUGCUGUACAGUCCCGAUAAAGAAUAACUUGUAAAUCAUGUGACGGACACAUGUUAACCAGGACGUCUCACCCUUCACUGUAAAUAUGCCAGAUUCAAAGAGUGUACAACCGGAUAAUGGAUUAGUUCUUCUUGUAUACAUCAUCUGUACAACCAUAUACAACAUAUGUACUACUGUAUACAACAUAUGUAAGACUGUAUAAUAAUAAAUUCUAUUGUAUGGAACAUGUGAGCAACCGUAUACAAGAGAUGUGCUACCUGAUACAGCAAAUGUAAUACUAUGUACAACAUAUGUACUACUACAUACAACAUAUAUACUAUUGUAUACAACAUAUGUACUACCGUAUAGAACAUAAAUACUACUUCAACAAACAAACAAUACUAGCUUGAAUAUGGCUGAGUGCGGUGUUAAACAAACAUACAAACAAACAUACAAACAUACAAACAUACAACCGUAUAUAUAUACACACCUGCUGAAGAUGUCCAUUAUUUAAUAAAAAUACAUAUUACACCUUGUAACAAAGACUGGCACCUUCUGACGGAACUAUUCAUCUGGGGGUUUAACUGGGGGUGUCGUUAGCAAUGUGUACACUACGUCUACAUUGCUCCCAGUCGGAUAAUCUACUCCCGGGGGCGGUCGGGUAGCCUAGUGGUUAAAGCCUUCCCUCGUCACGCCGAAGACCCGGGUUCGAUUGACGACAUGGGUACAAUGUGUGAAGUCCAUUUCUGGUGUCCCCCGCUGUGAUAUUGCUGGAAUAUUGCUAAAAGCGGCGUAAAAUCAUAUUCACUCACUUUCUACUCCCGGUAGAUCCGCCUAAUUGUCACGAAACACCAAUAAUACAUGGACACAAUUUGCGUACAUUUCAUAACCCUCCGAUAAAACCAUUAUACUUGAUUUGGGCAUAGAUUGUUUAUGUUUGCAGAUGCCUUUGAUUUAGCGCUGGUACAAUGGGGGUGUUUCCGUAUACGGGUUUUUAUCCUUUAUGCCUUGUAGGUAAUACAAGAAUCAUGGCAAUAUUAGGCUUCAAAGGAUCAAUAAUAAACAGAACGGUGUGCCUCAGCGUCAAUUAAUUGAUCGCCACUGUCCUGAACAAAUGAGAAUAGCCUCUCCUGAACCAAGUGGACGGUCGUUGGACAUGACGUCCUCAGGAAUGUCCAUCGGUGAAGUCUUGUGUCGUGAAUAUCAGGUGUAACUUUAUUGGUGUGUACGCAACGGUCAUUAUGAAAGUACCAUCCACCCGCUGACUCGUGUUAAAUAAAAACACCCAGUUCAACGUCAUCUCUUGGCAUCUUUCUACCUCCAGUGUCAC